AUGGCUCCGUUCCAAACAACCCCCCACCGCUGCCAGUGGACAGGAAGCGGAGUUAAUGGCGACUUCACGACCGAGUCGCCACUGAGUUUGUCGACGGCAAGGCUCAGCACGGCCGCUCAGACAACGGCCGCCCACAACACCGUGAGAAUCAACACCGACUUCUACAGAGGCUGUGACACGGCCGCGUCCGAUUGUGGCCGCCGGGGCUUUUGCCGGAGCAGCGCCUCGCGCGAGGGGAAGCUGUUGUCCAGCAGCUACGCUGGCUUCUCUCAUACCGUGGCCUCGGCUGUUAGCCGCCGGCCCCUUGGGGCGGCCGAGUUGGCCAUGGCCCCCCCUGUUGCAUUGAGGACGCACCGCGCGACGGCUGAGCUCCAGCAACGCAAGUCGAGCACGCGCAUCUUGCCCUUUUUUCCUUAUUGA